AGCGCGCGCGCGGCAAUGGCGGACCCCGUCGAGCUCGUGCGACGCCUCCGCAUCCGGUUCCCUCCGCGGACGCCGCCCCUGCAGCGCUCCAGACCGCCGCGAUGCGUCGUUGGGACUCGCCUCCGCCUCCCGGGCUCUCCCCUGUCGCUCCGGUGCCGCGCGCUCGACGCCAGCAAGCCGGCGGCGGUCCAGGGGGAGCAGUGCGAGGAGGAGGACGACGACGAGGAACCCUACUUCUCAGUGACAUCGUCGAGACUGUCGGAGGUCGACUACCUCGGGGAGAGCACCAAGGGGGAUUUGAACGUACGGAGGAGGCACCUCGACGCGCUCGGUGGGAAUGGAAAGUCAACGUUGCAUGGUCCUAUAGAGGAGAUAGCUUGGAAAGAAGCCAGAGAAGCUGAAACGUUGCUCAGUGACUUGGGAAUUGCAGAUCCUUUAACAGUAAGGAACUCUCCUCGUGGAAUUUUCUGCACCAGGACGCUGAAUCUCCGAUCUAUCAGUGUCAUUGGCUAUGACAUGGAUUAUACCUUGAUUCACUACAAUGUGAUGGCCUGGGAAGGACGUGCAUAUGACUAUGGGAUGGCCAACCUGAAGGGCAUGGGUUUCCCUGUUGAUGACCUUGAAUUUGAUCCUGACCUGGUUAUUAGGGGUCUUAUUAUGGAUAAAGUAAAAGGAAACUUGGUAAAAGCUGACCGUUUUGGCUACAUAAAGAGGGUCAUGCAUGGUACCCGGAUGCUGCCCACUCGUGCUGUGAGUGAAAUAUAUGGACGGGAAUUGGUGGACCUGCGGAAAGAAAAUACAUGGGAGUUCCUUAAUACCCUUUUCUCUGUUUCAGAAGCUGUUAUGUUCAUGCAGAUGGUUGACAGGUUGGACCAAGGAUUGGUGCCUGCUGAACUUGGGCCACUGGAUUACAAAGGAUUGUACGAUGCUGUUUCCAAAGCACUUUUUCGAGCACAUGUAGAAGGUCAACUCAAGAGCGAAAUAAUGGCUGAGCCAGAGCGAUUUGUGGAGCCUGAUCCAGAACUGCCUCUAGCUCUUCUAGAUCAAAAAGAGGCUGGAAAAAGGCUGCUUCUAAUUACUAACUCAGAUUACCACUAUACGAACAAAAUGAUGAAUCAUGCAUUCAAUCGCUUUCUUCCUAAUGAUAUGGGAUGGAGAGAUCUAUUUGAAAUGGUUAUAGUCUCCGCGAGGAAGCCAGAGUUUUUCCAAAUUUCGCAUCCAUUAUACGAGGUUGUAACUAACGAUGGAUUAUUGCGUCCCUGUUUUAAAGCAAAUUCAGGUGGCUUGUACUCUGGUGGUAGUGCUCAGAUGGUUGAGAAGUCCCUAGAUAUUCAUGGAGAUGAGAUAUUAUAUGUGGGGGACCAUAUUUUCACAGAUGUAAGCCAAUCAAAAGUUCAUUUACGAUGGAGGACAGCAUUAAUAUGCCGAGAAUUGGAAGAUGAGUUUAACGCACUGAUCCAGAGCCAUAAUCAGAAAGAAAAGCUUGUCACACUUAUAGAACAAAAGGAAAUCGUUGGAGACCUUUUUAACCAACUGCGCCUCGCUCUACAGAGACGCACAAAUUCACGUCCUGCACAGACGCUUGCUGCAACUUGUAUGAAUGAUCAGGAGCUUACAGAAAGUAUGCAAAAGUUGCUUAUUGUUAUGCAGAGAUUAGACGAAAAGAUUGCACCAUUGCUUGAAUCGGAUGGAGAACUUUUCAAUAAAAGAUGGGGUUGGCUGUCGCGUGCUGGCCUAUGGGACAAGAGUCAUCUAACCAGGCAAAUUGAGAAAUAUGCUGAUAUAUACACAUCAAGGGUUUCAAAUUUUCUACACUAUACUCCAUUCAUGUAUUUCAGAUCACAAGAACAGGUAUAUGCACAGCUCCAUACAAUCUGGUGUCCUCUUACCUCUGUCAAUUUUGCAUGAUUCUCAUGUUUAUUGGUUAGAUUUUAGAGCGCCAAUUCUUUAAUACGAUUAGUGAAGACACAUUACAGCAGUAAAUAGGAUGUGUGCAGUCACUCCUGCAAAUUCCUUAGACUAUGUGAACGGAAUGGUAGACAUGGUUUUAGAAAAAAGAACGGUUCUAGUGAAGUGAUCUUCGUUGUCACUUGGCUUCAAAUAAUUAUCCUUUUGCUGCUAGCUGCGCACACCUCGGCAUGGAAAGCAUUUUGUUCUUAUUCUGCUGGUUAUGCCAUGAGGAGUAGGCAGAGGUGGAAUGUUUCUCAUGUCUCUUGUCUCGUGAAUCCACCACCUCCGCAGAAUUCAUUUAAAAAUAUAGUUCACUGAAUGUCUGUAUUGGCAUACCUGUUUUCCUCAAAAGAUCUGCAUACCUGGAAAGCGCAACAAUAGCUGAUACUAGUUCUAUAAAAAAAGUAAACGUACAUAGACAUGAACACAUUAUUUGUGUAUGCUAACUGUUUGGCCUCUACUUUUUUUUUGCCCAUUGUUUUGAAAACAAAACUAGGAUAUAUGAGCAUUGCUUGCACUGAUGAAUUACUGUGUCACAUCUUCCAUUGUUUGUUGUUUUCACUG